CAGAAAUUACCGGACAAGCUUGUACAGAUAUUUACUGUUUAUUCACUCGAAAAUUGUAUUUACCAAAACACUGGUAGCUAAAUGGCUAAUUUUAUUGCGCACGAGCUGUGCAUGGCCUUCAUUUCCCGGCAGAAGCAAAUUACAAAAUUUACUGACUAUUCAGCAAUCGAAUUGAAUUUCUGGACCCAGUGAUGCAGCUCCAGAUGCGCUCUGUUUUGUUUUUAUUACAGGCGCUAACGAUUUCCACUGUUCUUUAGUUAUUGUGGCUGUGAUAUGUACUGAAGGUUUUCUCCCUAUCUCGAAUUACCUUCGUCGUUUUUGCCACUCCUGUACGAAUUUCUACAUCGUUCGACAGCAAUUUGUCGAUGAUGACUAAAUAUGACUUAUACAGCGUGCAAGACAAAAAUCAUCAAAAUGAAAUUAUUUUCUGGUCAGAGUUUACUAAAAAAAUCUCAAAUCUAUUGGCACACCUCGGGAAAAUAUGGAAUUUUAAGACCAAGCUGGAUUUAAACUGGCACGCGUUGACGAGUCCCUAUAAACGCGCAUAAAAACGUUUUAGUCGGUUGAGCAGUUACUGUAGCAGUGCAGCACUGGCGUUGCCGAUUGUUGUAUUGUGAAUUUAUGGAUGGAUGGUGUUCAGAACAACUGAUUUGUGUUUGCCGCGCGAUGACCAUGCUGUGCACCGACAGAAUGUACGUAAUGUUGGCUGCGGACGGCGUAGCAAGUGUCAAACUGUUCAUUGGAUCCGAAUGAUGGCCAGAACGGUGAAGCCGGAUUAAGCAUUGCGGUUUAUUGGGGUAUGGUACAUAAUUUAUAUUAUGAGGAAUGUGCUAAGGCCGGUGUAUUACUACCCGUAUGCGUAACGUCGAUCCCAACCGGAGUACAUUGGCCCUGUCGGCCAGUCGGGCCGAGCAAUCUCGAUUAGUGUAUCUGACCGUGUCGGGUUUGAAUGCUGCAACGGCCGGAUACUGUACUAAGUGUAUUUCCAUGGCACACACCAAGUGGAAGGCAUGGGGCUCCUGGAGGUCACGACGUCUGGUCAAUGGCCGGCUGUUCGCAGCGCUGGACGGAAGAUCCCCGGUAACCAAGACGGCGGCGCGAUUCGCCAUGCUCCUGUUUAUUUUCGCAGCAGUAUACACUCUACUAAGUCCGCCCAUGUCGGAAAUAACUUUCCAGCCGGAAGAAGUUGCUUUCAAUGAUAGCGUCGCGUAUCCAGCGAAUUCCAGGCAUCAGCAUGUCAUUCUAAUGUGGACAAAAUUUUAUGGAGAUGAUUUUGUACCGUCUCUGCGACUACACCAAGAAGCCGAAUCCGGGAUACGCCAGUGUCCGCACUCCAACUGUCUCCUCUCCAACGAUCGUCGCCGGUACCGGGAUAGCGCGGCUCUGGUCUUCCACAUGCGGGAUUUCUCCUGGGACGAUGUCCCAUUGCAGCGUCGGCCGGAGCAGUACUACGUCUUCUACAGUUUAGAAUCCCCGGUGCACACGUUCGGCAACCUGGACCGGCAGCGGGGAUUCUUCAACCUGACCUUUACGUAUCGGCUGGACUCGGAUGUGGUCACGGACUCCUAUUUUCAGCACUUUCAUCCCAGUCUGAUCAAUGAGCAACAACUGGACGAACUGUUAACCAAGAAGGCCGGUUUCGCCGUGACCUUUGUCUCCAACUGCCACUGGAUUCCCAGUCGACGAGAUGUGUACGUGAAGCUGCUGGCCAACUAUGUCCAUGUGGAUAUUUACGGGAAAUGCGGAAGCAAGCAGUGCAGCACCGAUACCCCGGAAAUUUGUGAUCAGCUCGUGGCGGAUUACAAGUUCUACCUGGCUUUUGAGAACAGUGUGUGCAAGGAUUACGUGACGGAGAAGAUCCACCGCGCGUUCAAUUACGGCGCUGUGCCGGUGGUAUACGGUGGCGCCAAUUACUCAGCCAUCUUUCCCAGCGGCUCCUUCAUUAACGUCCUGGAUUUCAGCGGUCCAAAAGCUCUUGCCCAGUACCUGCUCUUCCUGGAUAAGAACCCCAGCGAAUAUCGCCGAUAUUUCCAGUGGCGAAUGCACCCAACUGCAUCCCGGCUGGCCGGCGGUCUGACCGCCGACAACUGGUCCUGGUGCCGAAUCUGCCGGAUUCUCAACACGCGCUUACCACGGCGGAAGGUCAUGGUCGAUAUGGGGCAGUGGUGGAGGGACAGGGGCUGGUGUCGCACACCGCAAACCGAGGCUGAGCAGUGGAUGAAGAAUCCCGAGAUUCCUCUCCUGUAGCCCGGCGUAUGAUCAGAAAGCAUGGGUGACCCGUUACGCAUAUUCUAGAAAUUCGUCUAACUGUCGGGGCGUUGUACUGAGAUGAGUUGAGCUGACGAACCGAGUUGAACUGAUUUUAAGUACAAACGUACAAUGUACGACAGGAUGUCACGUUAACAUUGAAACGAUGACAGAAUAGAAAGAUCA